AUGGACAACGAUACACCGUCGGUACCACAGCUUGCUAUAGAGGCACUGCGGCAGCUGUUCGCUCACCUGAGCGGUUGGGGAGUGGCCAUAGUGUUUGUUUUGAUAUGUCUUUUCACCCGAAUCUCGACCCAGAUCACCAGUUUAUCCGGACUCAGAACACAAUAUCCCGAUGGGUCAAUAACUCCAAACAAGGUUCCUUACUGGCUCCCUUAUAUUGGCCAUUGGCUCUCUCUAGGAUUCUUCCGGGGAAGGCUGCUUUUCAAUGCUCGGCUACCUGAGCGCGGCGCUGCAUUCAGUUUCUACUGUUGGGGUAGGAGACAUGUUGUCCUUACAACCCCUUCCAUGGUCAAAAGCUUGUUUAUGCAACGGCAGUCCACGUCAGCAGAGCCGUGUAUCAAUUACUUGAUGGACAAUGCUUUUGGAUCCAGUAGUCGUGCAAGAAAACCCGGACGUGAAGGUACUUAUCACGGCGAAGCAGCGGAAUGGACAAAGCUUCUAACCGAGGAGCCGUACCUGAACGACUUGUCUUCUUCACUGGUGAAGGAAGUUGAACGAAUUAUCCCUUCUCUUGUCUCCUUCACAUCCAGUGUGGUAGACCAGUACCAAUGGGAACGAAUAAGCGGCGUGACUCUCAGAAAUGAAGAAAAUGGAGAGAGAGCAUGCAUAGCUAAUCUGUACUCUUUGAUUGGAGGCUUUGUUGGAUCAAUCUCCAUCAAUCUUUUGAUGGGAAAGUCUCUGCUUGAUGUCUACCCUAACAUUUUGACCGAUGUUUCCAUAUUUAAUGGCAAAUUCAAUGCCAUGUUGCUUGGAAUCCAGCGGUGGAUUCCAUUUCCUGGUCUUGUCAAUGCAUACCUCGCUCGCCGCCGCCUUCUAGUAGGCCUCACAGUACAUAAUGCGAUUUUUAGCCAGCUAGAAAACGGACAGGAACCCGAGGCUGUUUGGCGAGAUCUUGAUGAUGUUUCCGCGGCGGUUCAGGCUCGAAUGCGAACACGAAUCAAGAAUGGUUACUCCGUCGAAUAUGCUGCGUCAGAAGACCUAUCGUUGCUCUGGGCGGUUACAGUCAGAGCAAACGCCUUGAUAUUCUGGAAUCUGGUACAUAUACUGGCUGAUUCUAAGCUACAUGCCGAAGUGUUGAGUGAAAUUGCUCCCUAUGCCAAGCUUAUACGCUCGGAUCCAACAGGGUUUGGUAUACCGGAACCACCACGAGUGUCUUUGGAUAUUGAUAAGCUCAUUGAAUCAUGUCCUUUACUCCUGGCUACCCAGAGAGAAACCAAUCGACUCUACUCGUCCUCAUUUACCUAUCGAAAGGUCACCUCCGAUAUCAACCUUACCGAAUCUGAUGGCGAUGCAUAUCUUGCAUCUCGAAAACCCCAGACCUAUCGUCUAUCUGAGGGUGAUUUUAUUGUUAUACCUCACUCAUUGCGAAAUAGAGACCCGCUUUACUAUAAAUCACCUGACAAGUUCGACCCACGACGACACCUUGCCAGGUUUGCACCGGAUGAAGCUAAUGAUGAGGAACCAGUAAAUGAUACAUCGCCAUUGGAACCACACGAGGAAAAGAAAGGUUCGGAAAAUGCACCAGAUGAAGAACAAAGUUAUUCAGUCGGGUGGGACGAUCCAGUUUCCAUCUGCUGGAAGUUAGAACAGAAGAAGGUAGUUGGCAUUUUGGCUGCCAUUUUGGUAACGUGGGAAAUUGAACCUACGAAGGAAAAAGACUGGAAAUUGCCCAGUCGGAGGAGUGGAAGCUUAGUGGACGAGCCAAAAGACAUACAAGUCACGCUAAAGAUGAGAACUUAG